AUGGUCUGCAGGGUCCCGAAGAAACAGAAAAAAUGUGUCACUCCUCCUUCACCAUACCUUGUUGUCACCCUUAAGGAUUCCUUUCCUUCGUCUCAGAUAACCAUGUACAACUCCCCGGUCUAUGCGUUGUACCUAUUGAAGAAAGCCGCAACAGCACCUUAUCCACUUCUUCAAGUAACGUUCGCGGAAAGGUGCAACGGAGGGCAGGAUGAGGUGAUAGGUCGUCAACGUCGUCAAUCGAGGGGCGGGUGUUGGCAGGAAACGUCAAAAUUUCGGGUGGAAAGCUUGGAUAUGCCAACUGGUAUCGGGUUGAUGAGUCCACAACAGGCUCUAGGCACCAAACCGACGAAAUCAGGACUUGAAGGAUAG